AUUAUUUCAAUGUCAUAAGAUAAAACCAAUUAAUAAUUAUAAUUAUGGUCUAAUUAUCUUAUAUAACUGUCCAAUUAAUAAUUAUAAAGUUUUGAAUUAGGUUUUAUUUGAAAAUCGCCGCGGAGUAAAGUCCAACGAGCGGCAUUUCCAUUGAUCAACUAACGCAGCCCCAAACCGACCCAACCCGAUCCGGUUGCCAUGGCAGCAGAUGUUUUAUCGAGAAGAUUCAGUUACAUUCGUUAGUUAAUAUCUCUCAUGUAUUGCGGAGUCUACUAUUGCAACUAAACUUUCCCCGUCAAAAGUGUCUCGGAUAAAAAGAAAUAAUGGAAGGACUUCCUCUCCUGCCUGGAUAUUCCAUAACUGAUCCUUCUAAAAACCAGUUUAGUGUUCCGCAUAACUUUGAUUGGAAGAAUGGUUACCCGGUGGCGAAGAUGGCAUCAGUCGGUAUUGGUGGUCAGCAGCUGGAUGUUGAGAGUGUACUCUACCAUAGGAGCCCAGAUCCAGUCAAGUAUGAUCCGUCGUUGACAUAUGGACGAACAAAGAGCUACGUUCCUCCCAUCUUUCAACCACAUUUUUUGCUUUUUGCCAACAAAUGCCUCACAUUUAAGGCGUUUUUCAAACAAUCAGUCGUCGAAUCUCCUGAUGAAUAUUACAGAGUCAGGAUUGUUAAUAUCAUUUAUUUUUUGGAGGAUGAUACUAUAACGGUCAUGGAGCCUAAAGUGGAGAAUGCAGGUUUCCUGCAAGGACGCUUAGUGAAGAGAGCGCGCAUUCCGAAAUUUGGGAUGGGCGAGUAUUGGCAUUGGAAAGACAUUAAUUUGGGAAUGGAUAUGGACAUAUAUGGCAUAGUGUAUCACAUAUGCGACUGCGAUCAAUACACAAGGGCAUGGCUGGAGAGCCAAGGGAUAGAGCUAGACCAACCGGAGGACAUGCCGAUUGAUCCUUAUUCACAAAAAAGGGGUGUUAUAAAUAAUGUUCAACAGAGGGUUACACCUAACGUCGACGAAGACAAAUUAAAGAAGUUUCUAGACUACGAUAAACGCAUUUUGAGGUUUUACGCAGUUUGGGAUCGGAGGAUGGAAGAGAACGGUAGUUUAGAAAAAUACAAGAUUUACUAUUAUUUACAAGAUGAUACGAUGGACAUCUAUGAAGACCAAGAUACCGGGGAAGUGAGGAUCUUCGACUCGAAAGCGAUAUUGAAGAAGGUUAAAAUACCCAAGGCCAAGAACACUUUGAGAAAGGAUUUGGUGCCUCUUGUGUACGAGCCAAGUGAUGAUGAUGUUUUGCAAUACUAUUCUCCAUGCGAUUUGGUCGUUGGCAAGACUGUUUUCCUUAUGGGAAGGAGGUUCUACUUAUACGACUGCGACGAUUUCACUCGAAAAUAUUAUCAGAAGAUUUACAGAAUAGAACAACCGAAAAUAGAACUACCCCAAGAAACUAAGAAGGAAACAUCUUAUAAGACAAUACCCAAAUAUACUGGAUUCGGAUCCCACUUCGAUUCUAUGCUAUCGUAUUAUCAUAUCGACCCUAAAUCAGGCGGAGCGGUCGAUAAAAUGGACUAUAUACGAUUCCUGCAAAGUGGCUCUAAGAGAUUGAGAUACACGGCUGAAAUGGAUUAUGUGCACCCAGAAGACAAGAAUAGACAGUUCAUUAUUGAAUACAGGUUGGCUGACGCUAACAUGAUGAUACACGAAAUCCGGCAAAGAAACAGUGGUUUCGUAGGAGGCAGGUUUUUAAAACACUCGUUAGUGCCUAAGCCAGGAACGAACCCUGAUAAUCCAGAAUACUUCAGCCCCCACGACUUCAGGCUAGAUGUUGGGCUGUUAAUGAUGGCAGGCUCAGAAUCGGAUGGUCCUCUCAGUGUGUCAGUAAAAAAGAGACUGAGGCGAACAGAGCCGCGCUGGACCGAAUGUAAUGCCGGAGCCAUAAUCGAAGUUUACGGCCACCGUUUCAGAAUAACCGGCGUCGACCUGGCUGUGUACCGAUACAUGGAAGCGAAUCCUGAAAAAUUCACUCCAGAAAUGUUGAAAGAAGCCCGAAGACAUCUUGUCCGGGAAGGCCACCUCACCGAAGACAUCAAAGACCUCGCCGAGUUCAGGAAGAGAGAAGAAAUCGCAGAACCCUUCAUGAACAAUGAGCCAGCUCAGCACGCGGAACACCAAGCGCCAGAGCAAUACAUGCUGCCCUCCAACGAAGAACCGGCCGCUUGAAGAAAUUCCAUCAUCGCUCAAUAAAAUUUGUGAUAUAUUUUAAACUGUAUAUUAUAUAUUAUUAUUAAGUUUUUAUUGAGUGAACGUUCAAUACAAAUUGUCAGCAGGAUAUAUCAGAGGACUUAGAGGAUUUAAACCAUUAGAGAAGUACUUACACCAAAGUGGUUUUAUAAAGCGAAAAAUUUGAAUGAAAAUAUUAUUUGACUUAAUAA